GACGGGGACGUGGGGAAGAAAUGCAGCGGUGCUCAUGAGGUGCGAACUUUUAGCAGGAGCCGAUUUGCCUUUGUUUUGAUUUUUCGGGGGAUUUUUUUGCCGCAUUUACGGCUUCGUUUUCCAGAAAGCCGGUGGUAAACAGUUGAUAAGUCACCGCAACGAGCCGAGAGCUUCGCUCACCGCGCUGUGUUGCGUAGAAGAGGCUGUACUGAAGCCGGUUAGCCAGUUAGCCAGCGACGAGCUAAUGCUACAGCUACUCAGCCUGGCAUGGAGAGAAACCUGCUGAUCUGACCCUCUCCACCCGGAUCGGACGCCGAACCGCUGUCUUAUUCCCCCCGUACUAUCUCGUCGAGACGGCCGGCUGAAAGGCAUUGAACAUAAACGGUCCUGAUCUUUCCAAUGGACGAAGAGAAGCCAGAGACGUUGGACUUUGUGAAGGACUUCCAGGAGUACCUUAGUCAGCAGACGCAACAUGUCAACAUGAUAUCAGGGUCUGUCAGUGGAGUAAAGGACACGGACGACAUCCCGGAAGGUCUUGGACAGAAUGGCCUGGAGCACCCAGCAGUGGACAUGUCCCUGGAAGAUGGCUCAGGCAUGCUGGUGGAUGGCUUUGAGCGUACCUAUGAUGGAAAACUCAAGUGCCGCUAUUGUAAUUAUGCCACCAGGGGCACUGCAAGGCUUAUAGAGCACAUACGCAUUCACACAGGCGAGAAGCCCCAUCGCUGUCACUUAUGCCCUUUUGCGUCUGCUUACGAGCGCCACCUAGAGGCACACAUGCGCUCACACACAGGCGAGAAGCCCUAUAAGUGUGAGCUGUGCUCCUUCCGCUGCAGUGACCGCAGUAACCUGUCCCACCACCGGCGCCGCAGGCACAAGCUGCUGCCCAUGAAGGGUGCCCGCUCCUCUCUGUCCCACCGAAAAAUGCUGAGCGUGCUACAGAAGAGGGGCAGCUCGUUAGCCUAUGGCCGCAGACUCCUCGUCGUCAACAACCCCAUGUCCAUGGUGCUGCAGAAGCCCAGCUCUGACCAGCACCACCUUGGUGAAUUUAGUCAUGAGCUCCCGCCCCAUGCCCACCUCCACCAGUGGUCAGGACCCCCAUGGACCCUCACAGAGCAGGAGACCUAUGAUGGACUGGUCAAAGACCCGCAGACCACGGCCGGAGGCAGCUCCAGGAACGAGCAGGACCUUAUUUUGGACAACCCACUCAACCAGCUGUCCACGCUUGCAGGCCAGCUCGCUAGCCUCCCUCCCGAAGCUCAGGGCGCUCCAGUAUCACCAGGAGCCGAGUCUCUACCAGACGAGAAACCCACGUACCUCGUGCAGCAGCCGGUGACUGCUCCAGCAGCUGUCUCGGCUAGCGUGGCCCAAGCGUCCUCCCCGAUUACCCCGGAGCCGCGGCCGGCGGCGCAUAGCGGCUGCAGCCCCGGGGUGGGCCCCUGCAGCGAGCGAACCAGCACCCCCAGCGGCACCAACAGCCAGCCAGGGACCCCCACCCCAGGCCAGGACCCCCAGUUGCUCCACCACUGCCCACAUUGCCACAUCUACUUUCCCGAUAACAUCCUCUAUACGAUCCACAUGGGCUGCCACGGCUACGAAAACCCUUUCCAGUGUAACAUCUGUGGGCACAGGUGCAGAAACAAGUAUGACUUUGCCUGCCACUUUGCCCGAGGCCAGCACAAGACUGACUGACAGAGGACUGGACAGCAGGACAGCACUGGCUGGGAUUUGGCUCCUACUGUGUUCCCAUUCAGCCCUACAGCAGGAUUGUCCUCUUGGUGAGAAGUGGGAACCUGCUCUGUAUUUUUAUUUUUUUUUCCUUCACUUUUACAAGAAUUAGAGGACAUGCAUUUUAUUUAUUUUGCGACGGUCUUUGCGGACGAGACGGUGGGGCAGCUACUGGACAUCGUGCCUAUAUCUCACUGGUGUAUUCAACAGACAUAAUCCUCUCAUAUUAUGUGAAUGCUAAUAGUAUUGAAUUGAAAUUUGUGGUCCAUGAAGUGCUUUCGAGACGUAGACUUAGGCCCAUGAAAGGAGCAGGAAGGCACAGCUUGAUGGUAGUUAUUGUUGAGAGUGUUGUUUGUGGGUAUUAGUGCAUUCCUUCUGAUAAAACAGUAAAGCCUCGGUUUCCCCCCCAAAAAUACGAAGGUACUCAUGAGUUUCAGUUAUCCUGAGAGCAUCUGCAUUGCUUUUGCCUCAACUCGUUUUUAUAUGCUAGAGUUAGGUGAACAGUGCCUGAAAUAAUUUCCAUAUAGCCUUGAUCAACGUGGGAAUGUUUUACAGUUUGUGUGUGACAUAUCUGAAACAACUGCCCCCUGAAGAGCAGCAUAUCCUGCUAUAGUUGUUGCUGUUUAUGUAGAUGUAGAAAUGAAUGCAAAACGCCUGAAUAUUUGGCUCUUUUUUUUAUAAGAGUUACGAAAGUGAACCUAUCACCUUUUUUCUCAAUGGAAUUCUUCCUUAGAGAGACACCCCUCACCCUUGGUGCCAUUGCUUUACUGCUAGUUCUAGGAGGCACUGCAUCUGAUGAUCUCAUACCAGGGCAUCAUUCUUUUUGUACCUUUAAGUAUGCGCACAGGUGUAUUUGGACCCAGCAGAAGGGCUAUAGCAAAGUUCAAGCAUUUUAAAACAGUAAAGUUAGUUAAAUGACCAUGUAAAGUGAGUUCAAAUCUGAAGAGAACGUUUAUGUAAUGCAGUCGUUAAGAUGUAAAAGCAGUAAUUAUUCAAAGUGGUUUGAUGUGAAAUGCAGUAUUCAGCGAGUCAGAAUUGCUCACAGCGGUGAUGGGAACCAGACAUCUGAAGCCUUUAAUGCAUUUGAAAGCCUCCUUACGUUAUUACAUGAAAAUUGUUAUGCAAAUCGUUUCCUGAGGCUUGAGACUUUCAUACACCAACACACGCUUAUUCUUCUGGGUCGCAGGGGGCGCUGGAGCCCAUCCCUGUGGCGAAGGAUGUUGUGCAAAAUAGUCCUCAUAGAAUAAAUUCCAGAUUCACCACUAUUUACUACUGUGAACGUCUACAGAUUCAGGUAAGUGUAGGCUCGCUGGUGGUUUUGGAUGGUAGAUAAAGUGGCUAUAUUUGAGUCGUAGACUUGUGAUCCCUGGUUCCUAUCAGCACCACUGUAAAGACAUCCGAGUCGGUACGUUUCUCUGCUGAGAAGCGUUCCACAUCAGACCACUCUGAAUGACUUUGUACACCUGAAUGAUUUAAAUAAAUAAAUCGAAAUUCAAUGCAAUUCCUCUUUAAUGCGUCACGCAAGCCAAACCAAGCACGUGUCCUGCUACUCCAGGCUGCGAGCUGCAGUUCAUUUCUAACAGUAGAGUGUGUGAAUAAUCAAAGCUUGGUUCUUGUAGAUUGCUACGUUUUAGUGUUCAGACUGAUAUUUAAACCCAAAGAAGUAAUACGGAUCAGAAAGUCGCAACUAGGCCUCGCAUGAUGAUUCCAGCUGACUGUAGGGGCCAAACCCAAUAUGCUGGGUGUGCUUUUAUCAAGUUGUUCAGUGGAUCUUAUGAAUGGAACAGGGUGUUUAGGUUUAGUCAUAUGCAAAAGCUUGAACACGCCUGGUCAAAUCGGGUUUUGUCCGAUUUCCGAGCGCGUACGAUGAGUUAACACAUCCUCUACGGUGAACAAACUAAGCGUGCAAUUUUUUUUUUGCUCGGGUUUCUGUUCGUUUCUGUUGGAAAUACGGAACGUUGGACCUUUUCUAAUAACUUUUGCACAGCCUACAUUUUGUUUGAAUGUUUCCAAUGUGUAAAAAUCAGCAAACAGACAGUAAUGGUGCGUUAAAAUGUGCGGACUAGAGGGUGUGUUAACUUUUGCACACGGCUGUGUUUGGCACGUGUACUAGCUGGCCAGUUGUCCAGAGCACUAUGGGGCUUAUUCUGAUUGGUUAACUCAUUUUAGAGCCGUGUGAUCCAUUUGACUGGAAAAGCCUAAUUGAGCAUUUCUUCAGGUUCUUGUCGGCAGUGCUGAGGUUUAUUAUUAUUAUAUUAUUGUUAUUAUUAUUAUUAUUAUUAUUAUUAUUAUUAUUAGUCGGAGUUGGUUAGGGGUUGAACCAAACAAGUAUUGGUAUAAUAUCAUUAAAUUAUGAGAGCAGAGCCUUUGAAGUGCAUCAAAGUCUCUAGCUAUCGUUCUUGCUUUUAGGUUCUAGCCACAGGGAAUUCAGCGUUCUGCACGGGCUUCUGACCUGUUUAUUUACAGCAAUAGUAAUUCCAUCCCUCUGUUUUAAUACUGCUGUUAACAUGCACUCGCCAACAACUAGGAGCAGUAUAUAGUAUUGCGCUUGCUUUUGUCUCUAGGCCAGCCUCACUGAGCUAAAACAUUGAGUAAAGUCUGAGGUUUACAUACACUAUAUGGCCAAAAGUAUGUUGACACUUGACCAUCACAUCUAGGUUUCGGAGCAUCUGUGGGAAUUCAUGCCCAUUCUGUCAAAAGAGCAUUUCUAAGGCCAGGCACUCUUGUUGAAUGAGAAGGCCUGACUUCCAUUCCAUCCCAAAAAUGUUCAGUGAGGUGGUUGUGGUCAGGGCUCUGUGCAGGCUGCUGGAGUGGUUCUGCAUGAAACCUGGCAGACCAUGUCUUUUUGGAAACCUAGCCCCAGACCAUUAUCCCUCCUCCACAAACUUUACUGUUGCCACUAUGCGUUCCGUUAGAUAGUCCUCUCCUGGCAUCCUCCAAAACCCAGAUUCGGCCUUCAGACUGCUAGAUAGUGAGGUGUGACUCCACUCCAGAGUCCAGUGGCGGUGCCUUUCACCUCUCCAGCGGACACUUGGCACGGCGCAUAGUGGUCUUAUUUUUCUGCACCGUGUGUUUCAGCACUUUGGCCUUUGAGGCUGAGCUGCUGUUGCUCCUAGACUAGGGUUGGGUGAUGAAACGAAAACGAUAAUUAUUGCGAUAUAACUUUCCUCGAUAGAGCUAUAAGACAUGGUCAAUGAAUUUUCGAUAUAAUAGAGCCUUCUCACACUUCCACGCUCUACCGACAGCCCGGGUGGCAUUUUCUACUGCAAGGAAAGCGACACUACUCUGCUGUCGCCAGGAGAGGGCGCACUUUUGACAGGAUAAGAGUCUCGCAUUUUGGUGUAGUGAAGUAAAAUGUACAAAUAUGAUCAAAACUCGUGUUAAAACAAAAUCUGCAUUUCACCGAAUUGGUUAUUUACUGUUCUUCUGUCUUGGUGUGAUGAAAUGCAAUGAAGACCUGAAUAAGGACCACAGUAUUGGAAUACUGGCACCCUGAACAGUGUGCUCGAGCAUCCGUGCACAUCCCUACUGGAUUCACAUAGAUGGAUGACGAGGGCAUGUUAAUAAGUGUUGUAUUGGAGGGCAUAUAUUAAGUUAGAAGCUGGAAAUGAGGGGUUUUCCUCUUUAGGAAGAAAUGUUGGGAAUUGUGGUUGUCUUGGGUUUCUAGUAAAGGUAUAAUGGCUAUAUUUUAGCAGUGAGAGCUUGUAUGUCCUGCAAGACUGUCCUGAUGUAUCACUGUAUCAUUGUAAAUGAUUGGUGGUUGUGUUUUUUUGUUUUUUUUGUGCAAUGUGUGCUCACUGCCAAAAUAUAUCCUCAACAUCCAUCACUUUAUCUUACUCUCUCUCUCUGUCCCCUACCUGAGGUGCCAUGGUGUAAAUGUCAUUUGUAAUGUUGGAUCCUUUUGUGGUGCUAUAAUCGAGACAUUUCAUAAGCCUGUUAAGCAUAAUGAACUAAAUUAACAUGUAGGUAUUGUAUAACAUUUUCUGGUGAAAUCGGUGUUGAAUGUCAAUAAAUUGAAAUUAUGCUACGAGUUA